AAAGCUCCCUUUUGGCGCCAGCCUGAACAAUUAAUUCCAUGGCUCACGGGCCCUUACCACGACGAUUCAGACGCAGCUUGCUAAUUGCCGUUGUUGGGACUCGGACCACCAGCGACCUCGCAUCGCAUCGCAUCGCAUGCAUUCAGCUUUCAGAGUGCUCUUCGAAUUUGAGUUUCAGGUUUUGAGGUCUUGAAGUUGAGCUUGUCCAAGUUUGUGCUGCACAAGAGUUGUUGAUUGCAGGAGGACGAAGGAGAAAUUUGAAGGGCAGGGUCUAGAGGAGGAGGAGGAGGAGGAGUAUUGGGCUGGACGAGGAGUUGGUGAGUUAACAUGGCGGAGCACGGAGGGAAGAGCGACGAGUGGAGGAUUCUUGACCGCUUCAAGUGCUUGCCUCAUGUCACCACACUUCAAGGCUGCCCUCCUCUUUCGAACAUUGUGAUGGUGCUUUUGGUUGCGGGUCUUCAUGAGCGUGGAGUUUGGUGCAUCGAUGCGCUUAACAUGAAGAAAUUGGGAUGUCAAAAGAACGCCCCUGAUUUGUAAAACGUCACUGCAGACGGAAAUGACCCAGGAGGAUACGGAUAUACUGGAGAUGCCUCCGCUGUGCGAGCAGCGGAGGGACCUUUUCAUGACCAACCUCAAUGAAAGAGAAGAGGAACCUGAAAACGCAACUUACGAUGGAGCCUUGAGCAGUCAAGAUCUUUUACACCAACUCUACGUCCUUGCUGUGGGCAUACGGGACUUCGAAGUUUUCCGAACUAAAGUGAAGGAUAAACGAGAUCGUGCUAAGAGGAGUAUAUCCGAUGAUGGCACCAAGUUUAAGACCGUAAAUGAAUCGUCCACAACACGGAAAGCAGACUUGAAGGCCAAAGAGGCAGUUCUGCUCGAGGAAAUCAAGGAAAGAGAGAAAUAUCCAUUUUCAGAUAGCUAUCUCGAAAGGGCAUAUAAAUUAUCAGUUCCCACAAAACUUUCUAAGAAAUCACAUGAUGAUAUCUUCGUAAAGAAGACUCUUAAAGCGAAAACUUCAGCGACAGAACAAAUCACACCAAUCGACAUACCAAAACGAACAAAGAAGGAAAUGCGGUCUGGAAAGUUGGGGUUGAGUUUGGAAGAGAAGCUUACCACAAAGAAGAAAGCUAGGAUCUUAGCUAAGAAAUCGGUGAAUCAGAGAAUACGUGCAUUGUCUCUUGAGAGACGAGUGCUUCCCGAGGCAGCUGUCGCGGAAGUGGUGACUGCAAUGGAGGAACAAGAAGCAGCCAAAACCGGAAUCAUUAAGGUCUUGGACGAAAUUCGAGGCAUGACGAACAGUCACUUCGACGAUCUCUCCAUGGAUAUCACCGAACGCUGGAUAGCUGCCCAUGCAAAGCAACUUCGCAACACAUUUGGUUUGCAUGGCACCGUCCUUAGACACGCACUCGGCUCUUUGACCUCCCUAGUUGAACUCUAACAUUCUGUAGAGUAUACCUGCUGCUAUUUUCAAACAUUGACGGAUUCCACGUGUCUUUGUUAUUCAAGUAUAUUUCCAUUAUCAGCAGGCACCACUUUUUAAGUGUUUCAGUAAACACUUGCUGGAACUGUUGAUGGCAUUUCAAUAUGUGAGCGUUCUAUCUCCCGAGUUUAUCUCGGUACCCCAA